AUGAGGGACGCAAUUGUCUUUGAUAAUUCCAACCACAGCAUUUCUGCUGUCGUGGUGGUUGGAUUGGGCACCUUCUUCUUGGGUUGGAGAUUGCUGCGACCGAAGGGCCGCUUCAAUCCUCCCGUGUCAGAGGAACCGAUCGAUCUGCAAGCUAGUCGGGUCAACGUCGAACACCACGAGCAGUUGCUGUGCUAUCAAUCGGGAAAACUUAACUUUCCAAAACCACAAGGGAGAGCACCCUUUGUGGAAUGUGGAUCCUUCUUACCAUUUUCGAUUGAACCCCAGCAUUACGAGACCAAUGAUAGUGUUGGCGCUACCCCACAGCCAAAGAUUGCAAUGCGAGAGUUUCUAGAAAAGCAUGGAAAACCAGUUGAAGUUAAGAAGGCCAAAGUAAAGACUGUGGCAAUUAUAUACAAUGCAUUCAGUGGAGCAAAGGUGAAUGUACGAGACAAGAUCGUUUCCACCUUGGCCAAACACUCCAUUGAGGCCACGAUUUUCGAAACCAAACAUCCUAUGCAUGCUUGGGACCUUGCAGAGGAACUUGCCGGAGGAAACUAUUGUGUCAUUGCCGCAGCUGGGGGCGACGGAACACUUCAUCAAGUUGUCAAUGGAUUGAUGAGUUUCAGUAAAGCCAACAAGAUGCGACCGCCACCCUUUGCCAUUCUCCCCAAUGGCACUGGCAACGACUUUGCAAUGAACCUUGGAGUUUCUAACUUGGACCAAGCCCUACACUGUCUCAUUCACGGCGACAUUGUUCAAAUUGAUUGCAACCUGGUGUCUGUUGACAAGGAAACCGAUGUUGACAUCCCUAAAGAUCAAAUUCGGGACCGCAUGAGAUACAGCCUUGCCAGUUCAGCAGCAGGUUGGGUAGCCAACGUCAACAAGAAGGCAGGACCUUUGAAAGAAUAUAUUGGACAAGUGGCAUACUCAAUCAUGGGUGUCACUGAGCUCUUGUUUACGGGCUCCGCUCCCAGCUAUACUCUAUUGAUGGAACAACACAAUGGCUCUCAAGUGGUAGUCAAAGACUUGGAGAUGCUCCUCUUAUUUGUAUCAAAUGGCAAGUAUGCUGGUGGUAAAAUUGCAUUCACUCCAGCUUCUCUCCUGAAUGAUGGGCUGCUGGAUGUUUCUUACUGGCAGGGGAUCGCAACGUUGUUUGAAGCGCUGAAAUUUAUUUAUCAAGCAAAGCAUGGGGGUUGCGACCAUGUCUACGCUGAUUCAUAUCAUUCCUACCGAGCCAAGUCCAUUGUUAUCACAGUUGAGCCUGCUGGAACAGUAUCGGCUGGGCAACAACAAAGUAUGAGAGAACACAUGUAUCAAGUGGACGGGGAGCUCUUGGGUUUCAAGAGAAAAGUGCAGGUAGAGGUUGUUCCCAAAGCCCUUGAUGUUGUUGUUGACUUUUCAAAGCUGAUGCGUCGGGGACCUAUGAUUCGGUGA